AUUCGUGCAAUAAACAAACGGAAAUAGAUUUCUUGACAGAAGUCUACAAACUUAAAGCUUUAAUACAUAGAAAUAUUGUGACAUUAUGUGGAGUUUCUAGGUUUUUGGAAGACGAAUGCGGCCAAUAUUAUAUGCUUUAUGAUUGUGCAAAUGAAUCGCUUUACGAUUUAUUGCGCACAAAACGAUUUACUUAUGGAGAAUCUCUUCUUAAGUUGGAAUGGAUGGCGCAGUGUCUAGUGGGUUUGGACUAUUUGCAUAGCAAUAAUAUAGUCCACGGUGAUCUUACAACUGACAACCUUCUACUCUUCGAUGACUGUCGUAAUGUAAAAAUAUUCUUUAUUGGAAAAGUGGAUCAAAUAUUUUAUAAUGCAAUAGCUAACAAGGAAGAGUCAGUUUAUGUGGCUCCAGAAGUUCAUAGCGGAGAAAGGGAGUUCACAAAAGAGUCUGACAUUUACAGCUUUGGCAUAAUUAUGUGGGAAAUAGUGACUGCAAAGAAUCCAGUUUUCGAAUUGAAAGUUAAACAACCUUCGACUAUUGAGGAAAUGAUUAAUGAUACUAUACAGACUGGAAGCUCAGAUAUCCGUAAAAUAAGAAACGCUAUUGAAAAAUGCCUGAAAGCUGCAGAAUACCGACCAGAUACUAAGGAGCUGAUUAAAAUGUUAAUUUCUUAACUUAAUGCACCAGUCAAUCUGUGUUUGAAUAAAAGCAAAACAUUGUGU